CCGGCUCACAGAGGCAGUGUUGAGUGUUGAGUGUUUAGUAGUCCUGUCAUGACUGAGGGCUCUGCACUUUUAUUCCUGAAAGCAGCCAUGUAGCUGUGUGUGUGUGUGUGUGUGUGUGUGUAUGUGUGUGUGUGGUGGGUCUCUAUUCACGACCUUUACGUCUUGCAAGAUGAAUCCUGCACUUAAAGUGAUGGAAAAGGAAAUCUUUUGGUGGAGACGGUGGGGACCUCGACUGGCUAUCGUAGCCUGCAGGGAAUCGGCCGUCAGACGUUCUGUCGCAUGUCCCAGACCCGGUGAAAUGUAACUGAAUUGUCUUGGCCAGGCCUAAGGGUCCCAUCUGCAUCUCAUCAUUGCUGAGGAGUGUGCUCCCAUCACCCAAUCAAGCAUCCAGCCAGAGCAGGUUUUGAUGUUUAUUUCCCAAAGAUUGAUGACUAGCAAUAAACGAUGGGCAUUGAUUAAGAUGAUCUAUGUGAGGAAGACAACUGACGCUGCAUGAACAAUUUACAAAGGAACAGUAAACCUCGGUUUCAGCAUAUGGCUAAGAUGUGUGGACGUGUCUCUACGUGCUUGUGGUUUGCCGUGGUACUGCUCCCUGCACUGCAAGCUAUAGUGACUGCCCCAGCUCAGCUGCAGGCAAUGCUGGGCCAGCCUGUUACUCUAGGCUGUAACGUGAGCACAGAAGUUGGUGAAGUCCUCAAACAGGUUCGCUGGCUGGAUUUUCACAACAAAAGCGUCCUCCAUUACCAGCCCGAUCAGCCUAGCAGCCUCAAGAGGCGAGAUGGUGUGGAGCUUGUUGACCAGCAAAUGUACACAAGUGCUAUUGCCAUUGAGAGGACCAAGCUGGGAGAUGAAGGCUGCUACACAUGUGUGUUUGACGUAUACCCAUCUGGACAGCAGCGGGGGAAGAUCUGCCUCGAUUUAAAUGCAAAAGCCGAGUCAGUGGGCAACAGGACAGCAGUGCGUGGGAAGCAUGUGAUGCUCUCGUGUACCUACGCACUCGCCACCAGGGUCCGUCAGAUCCUGUGGAAGAAAACGACGGAGCAGGGUGACACCACCACUGUGGCCUCCUACACCAAGAAUGGAAAACUGAGUGUGGAGCUGCCAUUCCAGGAGCGGGUGAAGCUGAGCCAGACGUUGGGAUACAGCCAGUUAACCAUAGAUCCCGUCCAUUUGCAGGAUGAGGGAUGUUAUACCUGUGAUUUCCACACAUACCCAGGGGGCUUGAGGAGUGUCACGGCAUGUCUGGGUGUCUAUGUCCUGCCCAGACCUGAAGUGAGCUACGCUACAACAGAGAAAGGAGUAAUCCAGGCCAACUGCACAGCUGUGUCUCGUCCUCCUUCAAAACUCAUCUGGAAUGUGGAGGGUCAUAACCGCACUCUGGCGCCCUCUGAGACCUCGGUGUAUAUGCAGGGAGACGGCACUUCACUGGUGGUCACCACCAUACAGUUUCAGUCCAAGCUGAUGGAUGAGAAGCAAGUGAUAUGUACAGCGUUCCAUCAGGGCCUGGAGAGGAGUGUUCCUGUAGCCCUGAAAAAGUCUGGAUUUAAGAACAUCAUCAUCAUCUCAGUCGGGCUUGGAGUGCUCGCAUUGCUCAUAUGCCUGUGUUUGUGCAUGAAGAGGCGCUAAUAACGUACUCCGAGAUGGCCGAGACAAAUCCCCUGGAAAAAUGCUGCUAGGUAUGACUGAAGAAAGCCACAGUCUGUCUUCUAUAUAUAUAUAUAUAGUGUGUUUUAUGAAUGUAUUAGUGAGCGUAUGAUUCUUCUACAGCAUUCCAAUGGUAAUUUAAACUAAAAUGCUAUCACUGGAAACACUAAACAUCUUUUUUUAUUGUGAUGUAUUUUCACUUUUAUUAUCAAUUUCCUUGUACUAAGUAGUAAUCUUGUUUAAAGUAAUUAAUGUUAAUUUUAAAAAUGAAAAACAUUACGAGAAAUUGACAUUUUAUGAGUGAAAAGGUUUUCAAAGACGAGCGUUACGCUCCCUGCUCGUGCAUCUCCACUAGAGGGAAGUGUACUCAUAUCUGGAGGUUGAUCUUCUACACUAAAGCUUCUACACUGAUGGGAUGCAUCUGACUCAACCACUUUGGUUUUCUUCAGUUAAGAGGUUUAAUGGAUAAAUACAAGAAAGUUUGAUCAGAUUUUCAAAUAAAUAAUAUUAAUAUUACUAAAAAAAAAUAAUAACAUCGAGUCCCUACCAUGGACUUGAUACCGUACGUCUCUGGUAAAAGUGUUACUUGUGCAUGUUUGUGGCAUUUUAACAGCUUGGCAUUUUAAAGAAGUAAGAAACCUGAAUGUGAAAAUGAAGAAUGGCUGGUGUGAAUUGUAUCUCUUACAAAAAAAAAAAGGCAAUAAAUACUGAUGACAAUUUUAAUUCAA